GUGUGUGAGGAUCUUCACUGUUGCUGUGUGAAGAAACCUGAGUUUCAGGAGAACUGUGUGUUUUAUAAAUCCAGGAGAGAGAAUCUCUGUGGUGGUAAGUCAGGAUGAAGGUAGUUGGAUCCACCUGUGCGUUGAAGAGUAAGGUGAUUGGAGAGGACGUGGUGCUCUGCCUGUCUGAGCAGAGCCUCACUAUCUCCAAGUGCAAGCUGCCUCUGCUGGAAGAGCACAUGAGUGUCUUCCUGCAGGACAUGAACAACUGCUACAGUAAGCUGAAGGAGCUGGUACCUACGCUGCCCACCAACAAAAAGGCCAGCAAGGUGGAGAUCCUGCAGCACGUGAUCGACUACAUCUGGGACCUGCAGGUGGAGCUGGACUCGCCGUGUUCUGCUCUGCAGCACCAGGGAACGUCCGGGAUUCGAACGCCCCUCACCACACUCAACACUGAGAUCAGCGACAUCUCCAUGGAGAAUGCUUGCUCAGAUGACAGAAUACUGUGCCGCUGAAAUCCACGAAACGGCAACACUGCUGAUAGGAAGAAGUCCAGAAACUCCUCAGAGUGCGUGAGGGAGAAAAAGGUAGAUGAAGUUCUACACAGUGUGUAGUGUGCAGUAGACGUCAGGACGGAGCUGCGUGAGCAUACACACUCCUGUGAUGGAUUAUUUUUGUAUAAAGUGAAUUGACUGAACUUGAUUAUUUUGUUUCAAAGCAAAAUAUGAAGAAUUUCUCAGAUUUCUGAGCUGCAGUAUUGUAUAUUACAAUCCCUCAUGGGCUCCACGUCUCAUCACGAGGCUGAGAAUACACUGAGGACUUUCUGAAACUCAAA